CGGGCCCGGCUCAGCCUGAUUUACGGCGCUGCUGAAAACCGCUUCGCUCCCACAGCAGCAGCCCCGGCCGCAGCGGCAGCAGCAGCGGCGGCUGCAGGUGCAGCAACAAGUCGGGAUUUUCAGAGUAAUGCAACAGAAGGCUUUUGAAGAAAGCAGAUACCCCUGGCAGGAGUCCUUUGAGAAUGUUGCUGUGUGCCUGCCAUUCCGCUGCCCGAGGUGUGGAGACCAUACCAGAUUUAGAAGCCUGUCAUCGCUGAGGGCCCAUCUGGAAUUCAGUCACAGCUACCAGGAAAGAACCUUGUUGACAAAAUGCAACCUCUUUCCAUCCCUCAAAGACACAGACCUAGUCACUUCCUCAGAACCCCUGAAACAGGGAAAAUUGCAGAACUGUGGCAACGUGGUGAAGCAGAAGCCCAGCUAUGUUAACUUGUAUAGCAUUUCGCAUGAACAUUCCAAGGACAGGAAGCCAUUCGAGGUGGUGGCAGAGAGACCUGUGUCCUACGUGCAGACGUAUACUGCAGUGGACCUGCGGGCUGACUCGCUGGAUGGCCCGCGGUCCAGUCCUGGACUUCCCACCUCAGACACCAAAGCUGCUUUCGAGGCCCAUAUCAGAGAAAAAUUCAAUCGGAUGGUCGAGGCAGUGGACAGGACCAUCGAGAAGAGAAUCGAUAAACUCACCAAAGAGCUGGCCCAGAAAACUGCAGAGCUGUUGGAAGUCCGGGCCGCUUUUGUCCAGCUGACUCAGAAAAAGCAGGAAGUUCAGAGACGAGAGCGGGCCCUGAAUAGACAGGUGGACGUGGCCGUCGAGAUGAUCGCUGGGCUGAGGCAACGCCUGACGGAAUCGGAGGAGGAGCUUCUCAGGAAGGAAGAAGAAGUUGUUACAUUCAACCAUUUCCUCGAAGCAGCGGCUGAGAAGGAGGUUCAGGGGAAAGCUCGGCUCCAGGACUUCAUUGAGAAUCUGUUGCAACGGGUAGAGCUGGCGGAAAAACAGUUAGAGUACUAUCAGAGCCAGCAGGCCGCGGGCCUCUGCAGAGAUGUCAGGGAGCACGUGCUUACAGAUAUCUCUUCAAAUAGGAAACCCAAAUGCCUAAGCCGAGGGCACCCACAUUCGGUGUGUAACCACCCUGAUCUCAAGACUCACUUUCAUCCAAAGGGAAGGAGCUACCUAAAAAAAGCCAAGGACGACAGAGCCAGCAUGCAGCCUGCUAAGUCCAUUCACGAACAGGCCGAGAUCCCAAGGGAACUCUGCAGACUGCCGAAGAAGGGGGAGCCUCUGGGGUUUAGUCGGAAAGGCAACAUCAGGCCCAAAAUGGCCAAGAAAAAGCCAACAGCGCUCGUGAACAUCAUCUAAAAGGGUAUCUGAAGUGUGCAUUGUACACUGCUUUCUAAAGCAGUUUCUGAAAUAAGCUGUACAUGUGGGAUCCAGAAUCUGAGACCGUCCUCCUCUCCUGCCCUGAAAUGGCCUUUGCUUCCACAAAGACCCAUCUGUUAAGAAUCUCCUGCUUUAUGACGUUCUUCAAGAAUGAACUCUCAUGUUUUUAUAAACUUAAUAUUAUCAUCAAAUCUCCUGCAGAGUUUACAAGUGCUGACAUCCUUCAGGAAAUAAUAGUAGUGUCCUAUAACAAAUAUAUACA